AUGCCAGAUCUGGUCCAAAUCGCCCAAAUCAUGGCUUCCACUUCGCGUCUGCCGCUACUGCCUGCGGACAUGCCCACCACCUCUGUUGAGGUUGAUGGGGUCACUGUCGACGUUCCCACGCUUCUUCACGAUUGCUUCAACUACAUCUUGUCGGAAGCUUUAGUUGAAGGUGUUUUCCGUGUGAGUGGCUCUGCUCGCCGUAUGAAACUGAUUUCUGCGGACUAUUCGCUGUACAUUGACUGGCUUCAAGCUGAAAAGAAACCGAGUGCUCACGACGUUGCUGGCGUUAUUAAGAAAUUCUUGCGUGAGUACUUGGACUCCUGCGAUGGCUUGUUUUCAUCCAGCUGCCUCUCGCAGUUACACAGGUUGUACGUAUCACAUUCACGUAGUAACAGUGAUAUGAGCAUGGAUUCAUUUAAGAGUGCAAGCACCUCGCUUGGCUCGGCUGUUACUCUUCCUUCCGUAGUGGAAGAUGCUGCAGACUCUACGGACUCGACAGACUCAACUGUCACCAACCCUGAUGCCUUGUUGGAAACGGUGUCUCAUUUGAUCCUCACAAAAAACGUUGCAGCUAAAAAUAACUUCUUCAUUUACUUGCUUCUGCAACUCAAACAGCUAUCACUUCACGAAGACAAGACAAAGAUGACUGUGGCCAAUCUGUCCAUUAUCUUCCAGCCCUAUAUCUUCCACACAAAAUCCUUGUCGGAGUUGCUGCCCUUCCAGGCGUUGCUCACGUUUUUGGUGCUUAAUUACGAUAGCUUCGUACAGAAGUAUGUCUGCUACAAGAACAUUGUCGGUGGGCUUGAGGAGCUUGAUAUCGACACUGUCUCUGUCACCUCAUCUGAGUCCUUCACCACCUCCCCUAUCACGGUCUAUUCUUCUCACCAGAGUUCUCCCUCCAAGAACUCCUCGGACAGACGCAAGUCUGUCUCACAACGAUUCUCAAUCUUCUGGGACUCAUACAACCUUCCGGCCAAUCGGUCGAAGCGUUUUUCGCUAAAUUUCGGAUCCAAGAGUCCGGACAAAAUGCUAUCUAGCGAGAAUCUCACCAGAGAACGUAGACACACUGCAGUGAGUCCACACGAGAUGUUGAGAUCAAGCGAGAACUUGUGGCACGUUAAAGAACUGAGAGAGUCUACGAAUACAGAGACCGAGCGGAAGGAGUCCCAUGUGAGCACUCCAAUUUCUGACGGGACGUGUUCGCCUACAUCUCAGUCUGUCCCUACCAUUUCGAGCCCCGUGUCACAACGUCCGCCAAUGCCAAAAAGGGCCUCAAGUAAGCGCAAGAGUUUCAUCGGUUUAUUCAGAUCUUCGCUGAGUGUCAACUCGAUUCCUCCAAUGCUGCAUGAUUUGCUGAGCCCAGUUGCCGGCCAUUUGUCUCCCAAGACACCUCCAGUGGACGACUUGAAGAUCAAUACGCAGGGACUCUCAUCUGUUGAGGACUUGCUCAUAUUUGACCAGAAGUGCCCGCUGAAUUACCCUGAACAGAAAAGUUACCUUGGACAGAAAAGUCUCAUAGGCCGCAACUUUUCGAUGCGUUUGAAGAGAAAAUGA